GUCCGAGCAGCAGCAGCAGAACCACAACAACGAUGGCUGCGUCGCGGGGAGGUCGGUGCAGGACUCCGCUUCUCUGCUUUUUCUGCUGCCUGCUGAUCGCCCUCUUGUUCCUCGAGGUGUGCGAUGCCUCGAGGACCACCUCGGCCUCCUCCUCGACCCGACUCAUAAGGGUGAGGAGGGAGGAGGAGCUGAGAAAUCCCCUGGAAGUGACUGCUGGCGCUGGUCAGAGGCGGGCAGCAGGUGACACAUUUGCUGCUGACAGUCACAGGAGAGUCAGCAGAGCCGCUGACACCGAUGACACCCAAGGCACAGGUGACCCUACAGUCUCCGUGUAUAAAUUGGUGAAUGACAGUCAUCAUCAGUUGAUCAUAAAUUGGGCUGGAGAGGGAAGUAAAGUGGUGGUGUGUAUGACACGCGACUCGGCCCCAAAUGAAUCAUCAACGUCGAAUGUAUAUGUGUCCUACGACUAUGGAACGACAUUUCAAGAUAAGACGAGCAAAUUCCGAAAAGCAUCGCAAAAGCCAGCCAUCAUCCAUAAGAUGUACAAGAAUGAUAAAUUCACCUCGGUGUUUGUGUUUACGGACAUCAUCAACAAAAUCAUCUACGUGACAAGAGACUACUGCCAGAAUGUGACAGCUCAUGGGGUUUCUUUCACACCCUCGGAAGUAAGCCAUCAUCCAGUAGAUGCAGAGGUUCUUCUCGUCUACGACAUUGAAGAUGAAGAGCGACGGUUGUGGAUUAGUGAAGACUUUGGCGAAGGAUGGAGGGUGAUUGAGAGGUAUGUCAAGACGUACUACUGGUCUGAGAUGACAUCGCCACCCACCCUCUACAUUGUGCGUGAGGAACCCACUGGAGGAGCAACAGUUCUGUCUUCGCAGAUGCUGUUUAGAGAGGGUCUCACACCUAACACCGUCAUUAGUGGGGUGGAAGAUUUCGAAGUUAAAGAUGAGUUUCUCUUCGCUAUCAAGAGAGUGCAUCUCUUGGGAUCCCAUACCGUUGGUGCAACGCUUCAGAUGUGGAUAUCUUAUCGUGGUGGACCCUUUUUAGCUGCCGAGUUCCCCAACAGCCUCAAGCACGAGCACUACUACAUUGCGGACAUCUCAGAAGGACAGAUCAUGGUAUGUGUGGCUCAUGAUGAGAUUCUGUCAAACUUGUACGUCUCGUCUGUGCCGAGAUCUGCCAACCACCAAGUCAACUUCUCGCUCUCUUUGGAACGGAUCUUGUACUUCAACCCUUCGACCAAUUGGGUUGAUACAUGGCUCAGUGAAGUGGCAUCAGAAACAUUUGCUGACUUGCAUCCUGUAGAGGGCAUACGUGGAGUGUUCAUUGCCUCACAACUUGUGUCAGACUUCAGCAAAAUCCCGAGCAGACUCCGUCCAGAGCACCUGUCGUCCCUCAUCACAUUCAAUCAGGGUGCUCAGUGGAAGCCUUUGCAACCUCCACAAAAGGAUGCAUUUGGCAAUCCAAUCAACUGUAAAAGGGAAAGCAACUGUUCAUUGCAUGUAAGUCAGGAACUUAGUCACCUUUAUCCAUCGACUCAUGACUUUACAGUACUCAGCAAGAAGAGUGCGCCAGGUCUUAUAAUAGCUACUGGUACAAUUGGAGCUUCACUGAAGGGGCACCCAGCACUUUACCUGUCAUCAGAUGCAGGUAUCAAUUGGUCUGAGGUUUUGAUAGGCAAUUACCUCUAUACAUUCGGUGAUCAUGGAGGAGUCAUUGUCGCUGUGCAGAUGUACAAGGCUGGAGCUGAAACCAACGAGUUGAGAUAUUCGACAGAUGAUGGCGAGACGUGGCAGACCUUUCAAUUCUUUCAGGAGAAAUUACGUAUAUUUGCACUCCUGACUGAACCCGGGGAGAAUACAACCAUAUUUACUCUCUUUGGUUCAAGAAUAGAGCAUGAACAUCAAUGGAUCAUUAUCAAGGUGGAUAUGUCAUCAGUGUUCAGGUACUCGUGCAAAGCAGAAGACUACAAAACAUGGUCACCCUCGGAUGGUCGAAGUGGAAGGCUUUGUCUCCUUGGGAGAAAGGAAGUAUACGAGCGAAGAAUUGGCCACUCAAAUUGCUAUAAUGGCCAGAAUUAUGACAGGCCAAUUUCAGUGGAGAACUGUCCUUGCAACCGAGAAGAUUUUGAAUGUGAUUAUGGUUACAAGGAUAAUAUGGGGACUCAGUUAUGCACUGUGGAUAGCAGUUUCAAUUUUGACCCCCAUGCAGUCCCUCUCAGCUGCAAACCAGGAGAGUUCUAUAAUAGGACAAAAGGCUAUCGCAAAAUUCCUGGUGACACGUGUGAAGGUGGUAGAGACUACAUGUUCCUUCCAACCAUCACUGCCUGCCCUGUGUCGAAAGAGCAGGAAUUCCUCUUGGUGUCAGCACGGCAAGAAAUUCUGCGGUAUAACUUGGUAGAUCCUGGUGCAGGUCUCCGUCCUCUGCCGAUACCGAAUUUGAAGAUGGUCAUUGCCUUAGAUUUUGACAUGAAGAAUAAUUGCAUUUAUUGGUCAGAUAUCAAUGAAAGUAACUUGGGUAUUAAGGUGAGUAUUACUUAUUUGUCAUCUGGGAGGGAGGGAAAUGGCGUCACAAGUGCCAAUUCACCAAUGAGCCAAUUAACCCAGUGCCAACGGGUAAAAAUGUUUCGCAAGUGGAUGGUGUUGGUCUCGAUUGACAGCGUUGAAGAUCUGGAAGGACUUGCUCUUGAUUGGAUUUCAAAUAACCUCUACUUCGUCGAUGGAGAGCUUAAGUCCGUAGAGGUUAUAAGGACCGACAUCCACAACUAUGGAAGGAUGAGGAGGUCUCUGCUUACAGACAAAGACCUGGAUAAUCCAAGAGGCAUUGCUGUACAUCCUCUCCGAGGAUAUUUGUACAUCACUGAUUGGUCAGAAACGAACCCAAAAGUUGUGAGGACUUACUUGGACGGCACAAAUUGGAAGGUUCUCUUUGAUCACACGGUUGUGGGAUGGCCCAAUGGCAUCACAAUAGACUUCCAGACGGAACGCAUCUUCUUCGCCGAUGCCAAGCUAGAUUACAUAGCCUCUGCUGACUUAGAUGGACAGUCCAUAAGGAAGAUCAUUUCUGAUAGCGAUAAGGUGAUACAACCAUUCGCUGUUGGCGUAUACAAGUCGCUCCUCUUCUGGGACGAUUGGCAGGUGCAUCAGGUUCUGCAGGCCGACAAAAACUUCGGCUGGGGCAUUUCCACGGUUGGCAAUAUGAGCCGGAGUGGGCUAGUUGACCUCAAAGUGUUUGGCCAUUGGUCGCAACAGGGGUCAAAUGCUUGCACGAAUAAUACAGAAUGCCCAUAUCUCUGCAUGGGUCGUCCAAACAACCAGUUUGCUUGCCUGUGUCCUCAAGGCAUGAAGAUCACCCGAAAUGGAUUAAUUGAGACAUGUGCUUGUGCAACAGGACACAAAAAAAUCAACUCGGGCAGGUGCAUUCCGAAACAGUGGGUGUGCGACUCUGACAAUGACUGUGGCGACAACUCAGAUGAAGAUGGGAAGGAAUGUGGCCACAAAUCAUGUGAACCACCAUCCUGGCAGUGUAAAAACGGCCAGUGUAUCGCUCAGAGCUGGCGCUGUGACUUCGACAACGACUGUGGUGACCACUCAGACGAGGAUGGUUGCGAGUAUGAGCUAUGCCCGGAAAACACUUUCAAGUGUGCCAAUGGCCGGUGCAUUGAACCCCACUGGCGAUGCGACAUGGAAAACGAUUGCCGCGAUGGAUCUGAUGAAGUUAAUUGCACCACAUCAGCAAAGCCAGGAUGCAGAGGUGUGGUGAUAAAACAUUUUUUAGCAGGCUAUGUGCACAAUGACUUCCCUAGAGUUGUGAGAUUACAUUUCAUCUUACAAACUAGUAUGAGAUUUUCAAAAACUGAAAUGGCACCCAUUAUAGUUGUUUUGCCUCUUGGCAAGUCCUUUUCAGCCAUGCUUGACUGCAACUUACUAGCCCAUUCCUUGUAUUGGAAAUCAACAAGCAGUCAGGAUGAUGGUGUUAGAAAGGAAGACCUACUCCUUGGAAAUCAGCUGUUUAUACUUAUUGUGUACUGUGAAGUAAUGGCCAGGACUUUUGGUCCUUGUGUUGGAUCACGGGUUAUAAUUGGCAGUACCAUUUGUCCAAUCAACAUUGUCACCAUGAAACUGGUACUCUCACAAUCGGAGACUAAUCUCAACUUGCUGAAGCUAAUCCUGACCGUCAGGAAUGUGUCUAGACAGGACAGCUCACAACUUCAUUAUGUAUUCCCUUCCAAGGAACAGACUCACGCUGUGCGCAGUGAUGGAAGAUGUGCCGAGGAACUCUUGGCGUUGUAUGGACGAGCCGGUGAAGGACUGACGAUGUGUUUAUAUGAUCACCCAACUAACCUGGUUACUUUAAGUUUACUUUUUUAUUUCUUCAAACAAAUUUUUCUCUUCCAUAGGACAUGGGUAUGUGAUGGAGAAUCAGACUGCCAGGACGGGUCAGAUGAGACCAACUGCGAGAACGUUACAACCAGUACCAUCGAGCCGUUGGUGCCGACAGAACCCUCCUUCCCCACGGCCAAUCAAAGUUGCUCAGCGCUCAUGUUCCUCUGCGAGAACAUGCGAUGCAUCCCAUUCUGGUGGAAGUGCGAUGGCUUGGAUGACUGCGGUGACGGCUCUGAUGAGGAGGGUUGCGCUAUGCCUCAUGUCAAUGUCACUGUCAUUAAACCUGCCACGCCCGUACCCCGACCAUCGACCUGUCCCUUGGACCAGUUCCAGUGUAGCAGCGGCGAGUGCAUUUGGGAAACGUGGGUGUGCGACAAGGACAAUGACUGCCCUGACGGAGAGGAUGAAAAGAACUGCCACCAGUUUAACACGUGCAGCCUGGAGUCCGAGUUCAAGUGCAGAUAUUCGGGUGGCUGCAUAUCGAGUGGCUUGAGGUGUGAUAGCAAGGAGGACUGUGCAGAUGGAUCGGAUGAAGAAGGCUGUCAGUCCGUAAAACCAGAAGUAACCAAGUGUCCAGACGGAUUCUUUGUUUGUGAUGGAGGUAGCUGCCUCGAGUUAUUCAAGCGCUGCAAUGGAAAACAAGAUUGCGUGGACCUCAGCGAUGAGAAGAAUUGUUCAACUGAUAAGCAGGCAUACCAGGUGACAGAUCUCACAGUAACAGAAUUAACUAAUGUAUCUGUGAGUGUGAACUGGAGUGUAAAUGCGCCCGGAAACAUCGAAUACCAGCCUUCAAUCAUUGUUAAAGCAGCGUUAGGAAACCACAAUGCUUGGCUUAAUAAGACAUGGACUGAUAAUACAACCUACACAUUCUCUGGUCUAGAGCCAUACACAGAAUACAUAGUGAAAGUAUACAUCCGCGAGAAGAACACUACCAAGAUCUUCCCUCCAAGCAAGACCAAGAUCAUCCAUACUGAACAAGGAAUUCCCAGCCCUCCCUUCAACGUGGAAGCAGAACAGAUUGGAUACGGUGUUGUGAUCAGCUGGAUGCCCCCAAUUCAUCCAAACGGACCUAUCACCAUGUAUCAUGUGUAUAUGUUCCCGCCAAACCCAGCGCGUGAACACCAGAUUUUGGGCAACGUAACGAAUUUUACAGUCCCUUCAGCCUAUCUUAAGAAUGGAUCUUAUGUGUGGGUAACAGUGACAAAUGAAGCCUACACAAGUGCAGCAAGCGAAAGGAAAAAGGUUGAAGUGCAGACCACAGAAACCCAAGUGGCAAUUGUCGUCAACAGUGUCAACUCGACAAGUGCCAUCAUCUCCUGGGAUGCUGUAGUAGGCGCUGAAGGUUACAUGGUCACUCAUAACCAGCCAGAGAAUAAAUUACUCUCCGGCAAUGUGAUUGAGAACACCACCACAAAUCAAGUACAUGUGAGAGGUCUUGCACCAGGACAGACGUACUUCUUUAAGGUAACCCCGUUCAAGGAUAAAGUCUUGUGGCCUGUGAGCGGCAUCGAAGUCAGAACGCCAGGUGAUGCAUUAAAAGAAGUCACAUCACUGCAAGUACAAGUUGUUAAAGACAUUGGCACCGCAGUUAAGCUGACUUGGUCUGAUCCGCCUUAUAAAACUCGCAAGAUUGCCUGGGACUACCGUGUCGUUUGGGGAAAGAGCCCCAGCGAGCUCAAGAACGGAAAGAAUGUCCGCCUGACCAACACCACGUCUUUCAUGAUCGACAAAUUGGAUGCCUGUGAGACGUAUCACAUCGCUGUCAUGUUGGGAGGUCCCAUGGGGAUUGGCCCAGCGACAGUGAAACAGGUGCAGACGCUCGCUGACCCGCUUUCACCGCCUAAGAACUUGAAAGCCCAGAGAACGAGUCAUGACAACAAGACCAUGGUCAUCACGUGGGAGCCAGCCUGUCGGCAGCUUCUAGAACAGAAGUUGCAGUAUCUGCUCACAGUCAGGGAUGUCCUCUUUAACAAGACUUCAUACUAUGAGCUCCCCAGUAAGAAGACCAUGAACCAGACUCACACCAUUGAAUCACACUGGGGCGGCAAGUAUCUAAUCACUGUUCAGAACUCGCAGCCAGAUGCCCGUCCAACUCCUCCUGUCGUUAUCAACGGUCCAAUGAUCCCACCACCAUAUGAGCUCACCUACAACCCAAGUGAUAACUCGUUCUUCUGGAAAAGGAGUAGAAAUUUCCCGCAAGAAAUGGCAAACCAAACUUCUUCCUAUGUCCUUUACAUCUCAAAGAACAUGAACAUGAGUGAUGCUACUGCCCAUCCAUGCAGUACCCCUCCUGUAAAGGUGGACAGCCUCUCACCUGGAGUAAUCUACUUUGCUACAGUGGCUUUCAAAGAUGUCGAUGGGUAUCUGUCACCACAGUCACACUCCAUAAGGCUUGAGAAGCCCAUAGGUGACAAAAUUGUGCUGUCACAAGGAAGUGUGGUUGGUGUUGGAAUAUCAGUGUUCUUGGUUGUCAUAGCACUGAUUGUGGUUGUAGGGGUACUUGGAGUCAGACAUCGACGCUUAGCAAGGUCUUUCUUAACCUUUGCAAACACCCACUACGAUCGCUCGCAAGGGACAACGCUCAUCACCACAGACCAUAACUUGGACGAAGAUGAUGAUUCUCCCAUGAUCCGUGGAUUUUCCGAUGAUGAGCCUUUGGUGAUCGCCUGAUGUCGGCCUAGUCUGGCGUUCUUCGCUGCUGACUCCUCUGCAGCGGCCCCACAACAGGUUUGAGGACAAGAAGGGCAAAGAUGAAUUGUGAUAAGAUAUUUUUGUUACUUUAUUGUUUCACAUGUAUAUUACAAUUGUGGUGAUGUAUUGGAUUAACACUAGUGAAGCUGGUUCUCUCGGUGAAAUCCUAAUAUGGUUUUAUUUAGUUCAUUGGAGGUGUGAGUCGUGUGAAUGUAGGUGGAAGUUUUUAUUCAGAGAGCUUUAGUAUUAACCCCAAAAUUAAGGAGCUAAGAAAUGUAUGUAAUUUUCUUUAGCCUGAUUUUAUUUGCAUUGGAUUCACAAAUUCCACUUUUACAAAUUUGUUUUAUCAGAGAGUUCUUUUCAGAGAGAGCAGAACAUUAUAGGCAUUGGCAAGAUCUCCAGGUGUUAUUUGCAUAAUCUAGUUGGUCUUGUGAUUUUAUUUAUGUAAACUUUUGGUCUCACACUUUAGGUUGAUCAUAUAACCAGUUAUGAUUCUGUAAUAUAUGCACUUCACCUCUUUUAGAAAACGUAACAUACUUGCAUUGUAAUGUAACGCUUUUCACAGAAUUUUUAAAAAGCAUAACACUUAUAUGACAAGAAGUUAGCAUUAAUGUGUUUUGGUACGCAACAGGUCAGUGUUUCUUUAAGAUUAUAUACAAUAUUCAUACAUUCCCUGAAACUCUUAAUUGACAAUAACAAUUAAGUCAAACUAAAUAUGAUGUCUCAUGUAAUUUUUAAGGCACACUAUAUAUAUAUAUAUAUAUCCUGAAUUCUGAAUGUCUAUUUAGUUAGUUAAGUGUUAUUGCAACUGUUACCCACAGUCCACAAUUCCACUGCUUAACCUUCUGUGACGUUCAGUGCAUAUCACGGUUGCAGGUACGUAUUUAUAUGCAGUGAAUUUGGGACUCGGUGGCAUUUGUUCUCAGUGUCAGAUUUCAGAAAGGUAUCUUUUGAUUAGCUUUCAGGAAAAUUUUUCUUUUUCUUUUUUUUUUUCCGUCUCUUUUGACACAUUUUUCAGAGACUCAUUACUUUGGCCGUAAAAACGAUACUUUUCUAGCAUUACAAAUUUGUAAAGUACAUAGUGUUAAGAAGUGUAGUGUGUUCCUUUUAUUUUGCGCUUGAGGCAAGUUUUUUCUCAUGAAAUGUUGAUUCAUUGAUUUUAAAGAGUGAGGAGUGAAUGAAGCGGUGAUAAUGUUGUGAUAAAUCGAUUAUCUUAGCCUAGAGGUAAUGAGAAUAGAGUUGUAGGUGACAUUACUGUUUGCUUUUUUUCCAUUUCUCAUUCACUCUUGAACAAAUAAAGAUCUUUUGUUUGGAUAGAUAAAUGGUAUUCAGCUUUCUUUUCUAAUGAAUUACCCUUUAACCAUUAUAAUUCUUAAAGAAGAAUUAUAUCAGUUUAAAUAAAGAGAGACGUUUUUCCUCCUUCAGUUUGCAACAAAACAAGAAAGUGAAAGUAUGUUCAGAUAAAGAGAAAUUAAUUAUUGUGUCAGUGGUAUUGGACUGUGUACAUGAAACCUUGAAAAACAGUUACGUUAAAUGUUAGUAGCAUUAACAAUAAGGCAAUGUGCAAUUUAGAAUAUUUUAUUUUUGAAUCACUCCCUUUAAGUUACAAGAGUCUUUUUUUCUCUGAUAAUUGGUAAUGGUACAUAUUAAUUGUGCUCUCUAACUCUACAGUAUGUGCAAUGAGCCUGAGACACACAUCCUCAAUAUAUAUACAUAUGUAUACAUAU